CUUGCAGCCACCUCGGCUUCGGUACUCUCGCUUUACUUCCCAGCUCGAGCUAUCGCUCUCGCCUAGCGUUCACGCUGGCGCCCCGCAAUCUCGCAACCGCUCUUUUAGCGCGCAGCUCUACUAUCCUGUGCAGCCUAGGCUCUCAGGCUAUCAUCCCAAGGUCUACUCCAGUCGUUCGGUCCAACCGCGUCAUCAUGACAACUUCCGAGGUUCUGAGUCCCCCGCCCCCGAGCCAGGUGGCUAGCCUGGCUCAGCCGCAGUUCAACGUGGAGGCGCUUCAGGCCUUCUCGAUGCCCCUGGUGGCCGACGUUGUCAACACUGAAAAUGGCGACGUCGCUUCGUUCGCCCGCAGCUCCUGGCACAAGGAGUCGGGCAAGGCGGGGGCGUUCGGCCUGCCGACCAUGCUGGAUAUGAAGGCUGAGGCUCUGGAGCAGGUGCAGCUGGACACCUGGUCGGCGCAGCCUGUGGACCGUGGUCCGGCAGCAGCGGCUCCUGACCCCAAGCUGCUGCGCUCCUGGCAGUACCAGGCUACUGGCAAGCUUGCAACCGCUCAGGUCCUGGUGGACGUCAAGGCUGAGCACAUCAAGGCUGGUGGCCCCAUGGGCAUGAAGCAGGAGGCCAUUAAGCACAUCCUGCGCCACAAGCCGGACGACACCUUCUAUGUGGUUGACCUGGCUAACGUGCAGCGCAUGUUCAAGCGGAGCGCGCGAGAGCGAGCGGCACGGCUAGCCCUGCCUGACUUUUCAUUCGCAACCAUUAGGCAUGUGCCCCCACACAUCCCCACCACACCACCACCACCACGCGCCCGGCAUCGCGUCAUCUACAUCCACGCCUGCAUCAAGCUGCUCUGCUCGGCCUGGAGUCAUCCGGGCCUUGCCAUCAGCGCCAAGUGCACGUCAACGCACACGCCUCACCAAGCGCAAGCCUUCUCCUUCAUGGGCAAGGUCUUAAGCGGUGGUGGUGGUGGUGGCGGCUGGCACCUGGAGACGGAGCGUGGAGCGUGGAGCGGAGCCCGAAGACCCAGCAUCGUUGCAAACAGCACAACCCCUGUUGCUCCUGGUAACCCUCUCGCAUACUCACGCGCCAUACUAAUUGGGCCCGUUCAUUGUGCCUCUGUCUUGUCGUUGUCUCGCGUGUGCACACGCAUGAAGCCACGUGGCGACCUCCUGGUCUACAAAAUCCAUCAGACCAGAGAGCGCGCGCCAUCACGGCCAGGAGGGCCCGUGGCUACCUUCGGCGCCUGGCGCGCCGCUAUGCCCCGCGUGGUCCCCUUCUACGCGGUCAAGUGCAACCCGGAGCCGGGUAUCCUGAAGCUGCUGAACGCGCUGGGUGCUGGCUUCGACUGCGCUAGCAAGGGCGAGCUGGACAUGAUGCUGCGCAUGGGCGUCUCGCCCAACCGCAUUAUCUUUGCUCACCCCUGCAAGCGCGCCUCGGACAUCCGCUACGCGCGCGAGCACAACGUGCAGUACACCACGUUCGACACCGUGUCGGAGCUGCACAAGAUCGCGCAGAUGAACCCCGACUUCAAGUGCGUGCUGCGCAUCCGCGCCGACGACCCGGACGCCCGCGUGCCUCUGGGCCUGAAGUACGGCGCUGAGGUGUCGGAGGCCGACGUGCUGCUGCGCACGGCGAAGGAGCUGGGCCUGCAGGUGGUGGGCGUCAGCUUCCACGUUGGCAGCGCUUGCCAGAACCUGUCCACCUUCUCGGGCGCCAUUGAGAACGCGCGCAAGGUGUUCGACGAGGCCGGCGCCCUGGGCUUCAACAUGGAGCUGCUGGAUAUCGGCGGUGGCUUCACCGGCCACUUCGACGAGAUGGGCAACGUGAUGUUCGGCGAGAUCGCGAACACCAUCAACGCCGCUCUGGCCACCAACUUCCCGCCGGAGAUGGGCGUGCGCGUCAUCGCCGAGCCCGGCCGCUACUUCGCUGAGACCAGCAGCACGCUGCUGACCCCCGUCUACGGCCAGCGCGACCGCGUGGCUGCCGACGGCUCCGUGAAGAAGGACUACUGGCUCACCGACGGCCUGUACGGCUCCUUCAACUGCAUUCUGUACGACGGCCAGAACCCUGGCUACAAGGUCGUGCGCUCGCCGCUGAUGGCCGACUCGACCGACAGCCGCACCUUCCUGUCGACCCUGUGGGGUCCCACCUGCGACAGCGCUGACUGCGUCUACAAGGACGUGACCCUGCCCGUGCUGCGCAACGGUGACUGGCUGAUGUGGAACAACGCCGGCGCCUACACCGUGGCCGGUGCCUGCGACUUCAACGGCAUCGAGUUCACCACUCCGGGCAAGCUGUACGUGUGGUCCGACAGCGCGGUGGACGCGGCCGAGGAGGGCGCUGACGAGCAGGUCAUGAACGCGUGAACGCAACGUGACAGCACUUCGCGAUUGCUCUCGUGAUAUUUGCGCGCGGGAUGACCCGCUCUGUCUGCAUUUCUGUUUAUUGGAUGGUUUGUUGUCCGCCCUUGAAUGAGGGCCACGAUGGGCACGGGGGCGUGGUGUCAGAUGUGGUCCGGCCACAGCUUGGGCGUGUGAAAGUCUCAGGUUGGGUUUUGUUCAUAGUCGCCGGGCACGCCUGACCGGCCCCGCUGCUAAAAUUGCCACAGGACUAGCAAACUGCAUUAUGAAGUUUUUGGGACGGAAUUUGUCACUAUACUUGUAUUUCUGGCCCCGCGAGAUGCACGGGUGUCAGUCGAGGAGGGGCAGACCGCCUCCGCCGGAGAAAGAUGUACAGGGUACGCAGGGUGUAUGCAGGUUAGACAUGCAGAUGGACCGGUCGAUUUUGGAUGAGGAGGAUUGCAGCACGGACUGGAUGCGAUUGGACCUGGAACGUGUAACGAAAGAACGAU